GUCAUUGCGGAUUGCACCCUUUUGUCUGUUUGAAAAAUCAGCAAACUCCUUACGCCGCGAAGGUAGUCAGACCUGUCUACUUAUACGGAGUACCCGCCCAGUAAUAACCAGAAAGCACGCGUUCACUAUCAUACGAAGCCUGUCACCUCAUUUACCGACCACAUCCAAUUUACGCCGUGAGCACAAUCCCAGUCAAGAUGCCGUCUUCGAGCACAGCCAGCGUCAAGAGCGGUAGCACGAGCGGCCGCCGGGUUGAUCGGCACGAACACCAGUUCCGUUUCCAGCAACAGAUGGCACAGAACGGCUACGACAUGAACAGAGCCGGUGCUGGUGCUGGUGGAGGAAGAGGAGAUGGACUGGCUAUGAAGAGAUGGUUCGCCGAGUCGGCCAGAGACGAAUUCUGGAACCCUGUCUCUAGGACGCCCGGGAGGGCCACGACGAAGAAAGGGGACAAGCUUUGAUUGAAUCGCAGACCGCACAGCGGGAAGGCGCAAACCUUGUCGCACAGGCUUACGAGCGCAAGUAGUAAAGAAGUUGGAAGAUGAUCAACUGCAUGGAAUCGGCACCAAGGUCGCCCUGCAAGAGUUGAGUUGUCAGAGAGGGAGAGGGAGUGGAACAUUCAUUGGAAACCGACAGGGUCCGCCUUGAAUUCGACCACUCGCAGGAACGCUGUCUGCCUCCCUCCGACGACGAGUACAGAAACGCAUCAACGAACGAGACGCCAGGAGAUUCGGCCCUGUCAUUUUGUACGUCUAAUGAAACUCGGGAAGACGAAUGAGGUGCGCGUGGCUUCAGUGUCCUAUACCGCACAAUCGAAUCCUCGACGUCGAGAUGGCCACCUACAAGUUCGAAGUAGAAGCUCAAUCCAAGAGAGGCUGGAGAGAUUUCAUUGUUGGAGGGACUAGUUGUUCCAGGCCGGCAGAUCCUUGAGAGGAAGUCGACAGAGGGAAAGGCGAGGACAAUGCGGACCAAAACUUGGGAAAGGACAAGACAAGAUGUGAAUGUGAAGGUGAAGGUGAACGUGAACGUG